AUGGAGAUGGGAGCGCCCCGGCCUCCCGAUGAAGCCAUGAACGAGAAGGAUCCGACCAAAGGACCACAUAUCGAAACAAACCUUGGGGCUAAAUCUAAAGACAACCCGACACACAACCCUUUGGGAGAUGACACUGAGCCAAACGUGAGGAACCCCAACAAGAAGAAAUCCAUGGCCGACAUGGUGAGGGGGGCAUCGUCUAUUGAGGAUCCACAAGUCUUUGUCCCGGAGAACAUCCAAAAUAUUGGUUUUGCGUCCACGGCAAACGGAAUUCCAUCCAUCUACUUCUCCGGAUCAGAAAUCCAAAGGUUGGCAUCAUCCCUUGGCCAUGCCAUAGUAGGUAAGUUCUCGCACUCAAUCCCGGCUUCCUACCAAAUCCAAAAGGCCCUAGAUAAUAUUAAAUUUUACCGCGGUUAUACUUGGAAUUAUAUUAAUGCCAAACAUAUUCUUGUUCAAUUUGAGGAUAUGGCGGAUUAUGCUCGGCUCCUUAGUAGACCCAAAGGGAUGCCGGUAUGGUUCAUUGAUCGACAUCCGAUGAGAGUAUUCAAAUGGUCCCCCGACUUUGAUGCCUAUUGUGAAUCUCCAAUUGCGGCGAUAUGGUGCAACUUAAUUGGGCUCCCGAUCCACCUAUACGAUCAAUCGGCCCUUUAUGCCAUCGGAAAACUUCUUGGCAACCCGAUCCAAAUAGAUAGAGCCACGGCCAACAAAUCGAGACUCUCCUUCGCGCGUCUUUAUAUCGAGAUUGACAUAACAAAGGCUCCACCCGAGGAGAUCAUCCUAGAUAUUUGUGGGCGCCCCUUGGUGCAGCAAGUAAAGUGGGAUAAGAUCCCGCCUUAUUGUGUAGAUUGCAAACAUGUUGGACACAAAAGUGAAGUGUGUUAUGCUUCCGGGAAGACGGCUCGACCUCCAAAGCGAAAUUACAACAUAGCAACACCAAAACAGUCACAACAUGGAGAAAUAGGAACAAAAGAGAGUAAUGUUGAGUCGAGGAAAUCCGAUAGUAAUAUGGAAUGGCAGCAACAAGGGGAAAGAAAGAAAUGCUUGGAUGAACCCGAAGGCCAAGGCACAAUCGGGGACGGAAUGGCCGGGACCGGACUUCUUGGGUGA